AUGUGGUUAUUUAGCAGAAAAUGGAAUUCGGGCUUCUCAGCUAGUUCCACGGCGGAGCAAGCCACCGAAGGGAUUGAUGGGUCGGGUCUCACCGCCAUUGUUACAGGAGCUUCGAGUGGAAUCGGGGCAGAAACUGCAAGGGUACUCGCACUGCGAGGUGUCUACGUCAUCAUGGCAGUACGAAACAUCUCGACCGUACAGGAAGCCAAACAGGAAAUCAUCAAUAGAAAUCCGAAAGCAAAAGUCGAUGCUAUGGAGUUAGAUCUUAGUUCUAUGACAUCUGUCAGGAAAUUUGCAUCAAAAUUCAAUUCCAUGGGUCUUCCUCUGAAUGUACUCGUGAACAAUGCUGGAGUUAUGGCUACACCCUUCAUGCUUUCGGAAGAUAACAUAGAGCUGCAGUUUGCAACAAAUCACGUGGGACAUUUCCUUCUGACAAAUUUGCUGUUGGAAACCAUGAAGAAAACAGCCAUUGAAACGAGUCGAGAAGGAAGGAUAGUGAACGUGUCAUCCAGGCGGCACAAGUUUUCAUAUCCUGAAGGGAUCCGCUUUGAUGGUAUUAAUGAUCAAUCAAGGUACAACAGCUUAACUGCAUACGGACAGUCAAAGCUUGCUAAUGUGCUGCAUGCUAAUGAAGUUGCCAGACGUUUGAAGGAUGAGAAGGUGAAUAUUACCGCUAAUUCAGUUCAUCCCGGAUUAAUCGCCACCAAUCUAUUCCGUUAUAACAGCUUUGUAAAUGGUCUGAUUGCUGCUCUUGGUAAGCAUGUGAUGAAAAAUGUUCAACAGGGAGCAGCAACAACGUGUUAUGUGGCACUGCAUCCAGACGUUAAAGGGAUGAGCGGAAAAUAUUAUGCAGACUGUAACUUGGCUGAGCCGAGCUUGCAAGCUAAAGAUCAAGAAUUGGCCAAGAAAUUGUGGGAUUUCACCCAUAAUCUGAUAUAG